AUGAUAGUUAUCGCUGCUGAUGGCCUAUACAAGCGCGAUGUCUUCCGUCUACCCGAUCCCUUCGCCGUGGCCACCGUUGGAGGUGAGCAGACACAUACGACGUCAGUGAUAAAGAAGACGCUGAACCCGUACUGGAACGAGAUGUUCGAUCUGCGGGUCAAUGAAGACAGCAUCCUUGCAAUUCAGAUAUUUGAUCAGAAGAAGUUCAAGAAGAAGGAUCAAGGCUUCCUUGGCGUGAUCAACGUGCGGAUCGGAGAUGUCAUUGAUCUACAGAUGGGGGGCGAUGAAAUGCUCACGAGAGACUUGAAGAAGUCAAAUGAUAAUCUUGUCGUCCAUGGAAAGCUUAUAAUCAACUUAUCUACCAACCUCAGCACGCCCAAUCCUAACCAAGCGAACGGUUUGCAUCGGACACAGCUCGGAGCGUCGACAUCUAGUGGACUUGUUCCGCAAGUGGCACCGGCACCCUCAAUACCCCCUGCUGGACCUAGCUCUGUCGAUCAAUCGGCGGCUGCAUCGAGUGCUUCAUUGCAUCCGCAGCGUGUCCCGUCCACUACCCGACCGACCAGUCAGAUCGCCCCGCCCAACGGUGCGCCGCCGAUCGCCAACGGACAGGGCGCCCUUCGACCCAAUCUCAGUUCUUUUGAGGAUAACCAGGGACGACUACCAGCAGGCUGGGAGCGACGCGAGGAUAACCUGGGAAGGACUUACUAUGUGGACCACAACACUCGAACCACUACGUGGAACAGGCCAUCUGCCAACUACAAUGAGCAAACGCAGCGCACUCAACGGGAGGCCAAUAUGCAGUUAGAGCGGAGAGCACACCAGAAUCGGAUGCUUCCUGAAGACCGGACUGGAGCCAGCUCGCCCAAUCUAUCAGAAACUCAGCCGCAAGCUCAAACUCCGCCUGCAGGCGGCAGCGGCGGCGGCAACAGCAACAUGGUUUCCAUGAUGGCCACAGGGGCUACCACUGCAGGCACUGGUGAGCUUCCGCCUGGUUGGGAACAGCGGACCACUCCCGAGGGCAGGCCAUACUUCGUGGAUCACAACACCCGUACCACAACCUGGGUAGACCCGAGGCGGCAGCAGUAUAUCCGAAUGUAUGGCCAGAAUGCUAGUGGUGGCAACACCACCAUUCAGCAGCAACCUGUCUCUCAACUAGGGCCAUUACCCAGCGGGUGGGAGAUGCGCCUGACAAACACGGCUCGGGUCUAUUUUGUCGACCACAAUACUAAGACAACAACAUGGGACGAUCCCCGCUUGCCGUCCUCGUUGGAUCAGGGCGUGCCGCAAUACAAGCGUGAUUUCCGACGGAAGCUAAUAUACUUCCGGUCACAACCGGCGCUGCGCAUCAUGUCCGGCCAAUGCCAUGUCAAGGUUCGCCGAAAUAACAUCUUUGAGGACUCAUACGCCGAGAUCAUGCGCCAAAGUGCGUCCGAUUUGAAGAAGCGUUUAAUGAUCAAGUUCGACGGCGAAGAUGGCCUGGACUAUGGUGGUCUCUCCCGUGAAUUCUUUUUCCUCCUUUCUCACGAAAUGUUCAAUCCGUUUUACUGUCUUUUCGAGUACUCUGCGCACGAUAAUUAUACCCUACAGAUUAAUCCCCACUCAGGUGUCAAUCCCGAACAUCUGAACUAUUUCAAGUUUAUUGGACGAGUUGUUGGAUUGGCCAUUUUCCACCGUCGCUUCCUUGACUCAUUCUUUAUUGGAGCCUUCUACAAGAUGAUGCUACGCAAAAAGGUGUCGUUGCAAGACAUGGAGGGUGUAGAUGAAGAUCUGCACCGCAAUUUGGCAUGGACACUGGAUAAUGAUAUUGAGGGCAUCAUUGACUUGACCUUUACGGUUGAUGACGAGAAGUUUGGAGAGCGCCGUACAAUCGAGCUGAAGCCUGGUGGUGACGAUAUACCCGUGACAAAUGAGAACAAGCACGAAUACGUCGAGCUUGUUACGGAAUGGAAGAUUGUGAAGCGAGUGGAGGAACAGUUCAAUGCCUUCAUGUCUGGCUUUAACGAGCUUAUCCCGGCGGAUCUGGUCAAUGUGUUCGAUGAACGCGAGUUGGAACUGCUUAUUGGAGGUAUCGCCGACAUAGAUGUCGAUGAUUGGAAGAAGCACACGGAUUACCGUGGUUACCAGGAACAGGAUGAAGUCAUCCAGAACUUCUGGAAAAUUGUUCGCACAUGGGACGCGGAACAGAAAUCCCGCCUGCUUCAGUUCACUACGGGUACAUCACGGAUUCCAGUCAACGGGUUCAAAGAUCUCCAGGGCUCCGACGGGCCGAGACGAUUCACUAUUGAAAAGUCUGGGGACCCAAUUGCCCUGCCCAAGUCUCACACAUGUUUCAAUCGUCUUGACCUUCCUCCGUACAAGACACAUGAGGCUCUGGAGCAUAAACUGUCUAUCGCUGUGGAAGAAACAUUAGGUUUCGGACAGGAGUAG